AUGAGCCAAGACGAGAAGCGCUCUCAAGACUUUACCGAAACCGUGCUCGAGAACGGUGCGCACCACGGUGUGGCCGUUCCCGUGCCGGAAUCCCUCGCCAAGCUUUCAGAAAGCGAGAUCGCAGUGAUCGACGCGCAGGCCACUCGCAAGCUCGACCUGCUCCUCAUGCCCGCCCUCGUGGUGUUGUAUGUCCUCAACUUUUUGGACAGGAACAACCUGUCCACGGCCAAGAUUGGUGGCCUGACCGUCGACCUCAACAUGACCACCGAGCAGUUUGCGACCACUGUGGCGGUGCUCUUUGCCGGUUACAUUUCGCUCCAGGUCCCCUCCAACAUGGUCGCGUCGCGCGUUUCCAAGCCCGCAGUGUACAUCUGCAUCAUGACCGCACUGUGGGGCACCGUGUCGGCAUGCACCGGUGCCGUCCAGAGCUACGCCGGUCUCGCCAUCUGCCGCACAGUCCUCGGCUUCACCGAGGCCGCCUUCUUCCCCGGCGCCCUCUACCUCCUCAGCACUUUUUACACCCGCAAGCAGCUCGCCCUCCGCACCGCCAUCCUCUACUCUGGCUCGCAGCUCGGCAACGCCUUUGGCGGUCUCUUCGCCUUGGCCAUCCUCGAGCUCGACGGUGCACACGGCAUCGCAGGCUGGCGCUGGCUGUUCAUCAUCGAGGGCGCCAUGACCGUCGGCAUUGCCAUCAUCUUCUCGACCUUUAUCCCCAACAAGCCCAAAAACAUGCGCUGGGUCACAGACCUCGAACGUGACCGUCUCAUGUACCGUCUCGAGUUUGACCGCGGCCAGAAGGACACCUCCAACGAGCAGACCAUCGGCCAGGCAGCCAUGGAGGCAGUUACCGACCCCAAGGUGUGGAUCGUUUGUCUCGCUCUCACCCUAGCCUGGGUGGCCAGUGCUGUGACAAAUUUCUUCCCACUUGUCGUUCAGUCCCUCGGCUUCAACCGCACUACCACGCUUGGCAUUACCGCGCCCCCUUACAUCUUCUCGAUCAUCUGCAUCACCAUCAACGGCUGGCACAGUGACAAGACUCGCGAGCGUGCAUGGCACAUUAUCGUCCCGUUCAUUGUCUGCAUCAUUGCCAACGUGAUCGCGGUCAGCACCCUCAGCGUCGGCGGCCGCUACUUUGCCAUGAUGCUCAUGCCCGCGUCGUUCUACUCUGCGGGUAUGGUUCUCCUCUCGUGGGUCAGCACCACUGUCGUCGGCAGCAACAGCAAGCGCGCUGUCGCCCUGGCCAUCAUCAACGCCGUCUCCAACACCAGCAACAUCUGGACCUCGUACAUUUACACUGGCGCGCCUCGCUACACCAUCGCCUUUAGCGUCAACGUCGCCGCCAGCUUCUGCGUCAUUGUGGUCGUCUUGAUCCUCAGGCGCUACCUCCAGCACCUGAACAAGCGUCUGGACCGCGGUGAGGACCUUGGACGCUCUGGCCCCUCCGAGGCCCAGAUCGAGGGUGGAUUCAGGUUUGCUCUGUAA